UCCUUCCCCGGAGUAAUCAUGCCAACCAAACAGCAAAUAUCUUUUUCUUUCUUCAACCUUCCUUCCUCCCUUCCCCUCGCGUUUUCAACUUUCCCUCCCUUUAUAACCACCUCCACCACCACUCCUCCCUCCCGCUCCCUCUCUCUCUCCGUCUCCGAUCGACCGACGACUUGGCCGGCCACGAAUAAGAUGAUGGCGGCGGGGGAUCAGGAGAAGCAGGCGCCGGUGCCGCGGGUGGUGUCGAUCCUGUCGGCGCUGCUGGAGCGCGUGGCGGAGCGCAACGACGUGGUGGCGGCGGCGCCGGAGAAGGAGAAGAAGGAGGAGAAGGCGGUGUCGGCGUUCCAGGGGCUGACGAAGCCGGCUAUCUCGGUGGGGGUUUACCUGGAGCGCAUCUUCCGGUUCGCCGGCUGCAGCCCGUCGUGCUACGUCGUGGCCUACAUCUACCUCGACCGCUUCCUCCGCCGCCGCCCCGCCCUCGCCGUCGACUCCUUCAACGUCCACCGCCUCCUCAUCACCUCCGUCCUCACCGCCGUCAAGUUCGUCGACGACAUAUGCUACAACAACGCCUACUUCGCGAGGGUGGGAGGGAUCAGCUUGAUGGAGAUGAACUACCUGGAAGUGGACUUCCUCUUCGGCGUCGCCUUUGACCUCAACGUCACGCCGGCCACCUUCGACUCCUACUGCUCCGUUCUGCAGGCCGAGAUGGCCUUCCUCGACCACCCGCCGCCUUCGCCGGUCGAUGACGUCUCCCCCGCCUUGUUGCAGCACCAGGACCAGGUCGACGCUGGCCGCCACCGCCACGAGCAACAGCAGCUCACUGUCUGACCGAUGGAUCGAGCUUGCUAGCUAGCUCCUCCUUUUUUGUCACCGUGGUGUCGUUUCUAUCUUGGCUUCUUUUUUUUCCCUUUUCUUUUUUUACUGUUCUUGGUACAUAGAUGGUGGUUAGUUAGGACGGAUCAUCAAAAGACGCAUUUCGCCAUUGUUGGAAGCAUCAAUCAUGAAUGGAAGCAUGGAUCAGAUUGGGAUUGUGAGAGCAUUGUUAAAA